CAUCGACUGAUAACCAUGUAGGCACGUGAAAUGCCUAAAAAUGAAAGGCUGGGCAUUGAAGAGAAUGCGCGUGUGUCUCCUCAGACAGCGUCCUCCCCCUGCCUGAGUGAGCCCUGCCUAAAUGGUGGUGUGUGCCAGGAGGUAAGCUCAGACUUCCUGUGCCCGUGUCCCACCCCUCCCGGGUCGAGGUGCGAGGGAUCCCACAAACCAUGCCAACACACCCGCUGUCUCAGCAACACCACAUGCCUCCCUGGCUCGACCAACCCCCCGGGGCCAGGGGUGGGGCUGGGCUACACCUGCCUCUGCAGGGCGGGGUACACAGGUGUCCGCUGUGAGAGGCAUGUGGGCGGAUGCGCUUCUAGGCCAUGCCGGAAUGGGGCGCUGUGCCGGAGCAGCCCUGUUGGGCCCAUCUGCUUCUGCGUGCCUGGCUUCCAGGGUGAGCGUUGCCACAUCGAGGUGGAUGAGUGCGCCUCCAGCCCCUGCCGCAACGGGGCCACCUGCCUGAACAGGAUUGGCAGCUAUGCCUGCCUCUGCAAGCAAGGCUACACAGGUACCAGAUGUGAGCUGCAGGUCGACGAGUGUCAGUCAGAGCCCUGCCGCAACGGGGGCAGUUGUCAUGAUGACAUGAACCGCUUCUCCUGCACCUGUGUGCAUGGUUUCCAGGGAGAUUUCUGUGAGAUUGAUGUGGACGAGUGCGAGAGCCAGCCAUGUCAGAACGGAGCGCAGUGCACUGACGGAGUGAACAGUUAUAGCUGCGACUGCACCGAGUCCCACUUCACGGGCCACAACUGUGACAUUCCCCUUCCACACUGCAUAUACCAGCCCUGUCUCAAUGGUGCCACCUGCCGGGAGAUCCAGGGGAACUACACAUGCAACUGUUGGCCAGGGUUUGAUGGGAGACACUGCGAGGUGGACAUCAGUGAGUGCAGCAGCAGCCCCUGCCUGUCUGGGGGGAGGUGCAUCGAGCUGUCCUGGAAGGGCCUCUAUGGCAUUGAACCACUGCUCCCCACAAACUACAAUCACCAGCAUGCUGCAGGGUUCGUGUGUGGGUGUCCACCCAGUUUUUAAGGCGCUUUCUGUGAAGAAGAUGUAAACGAGUGUGACCCGAACCCAUGCCAGAAUGGGGGCUCAUGCAGCAACUACCCAGGUGGUUACACAUGCAACUGCUCACUGCAGAGCCAAGAUGACCACCUGUAUGGAGGGAGGAACUGCUCUGAGCUUCUGGUGAGCUGCAAGGAGCACGAGUGCCAAAAUGGAGGCACUUGCUUCCCCCUUCUCGCCAACGGCAGUCAGAGCCACCGCUGCGAAUGUCCCGCCGGCUUCACUGGCCCUGAGUGCCAGACGCCCACCAGCUUCUCCUUUGAGAUGGGCGGCUACCUGCGGCUGGAAGUGGAGGGAUUUGGCCCGGGCUCAGCCUCCUGGAGUGUGGAGAUAAGCUUCAGGACAGAGCAGGAGGACGCCCUACUCCUCCAGCGGGCAGCCGGUGGGGGGAUCGUCCGGCUGGAGCUGGUGGGCGGCCAGCUGUGCAUCAGCGAGAUGGUGGGUGGUGAGCGGCUCUUGUUACUGGAGCUCUGGCACGGAGUCGCCGACGGCAGGUGGCACGCGGUGAAGGUGGUACUGGAAGAUGGGACUUUGAGGAUCCGGCUGCUGGAUGGAGCGUGCGUAGAGGACUGUGAGAGGACAACCCCUGCAGGGGAGGGGCGUCUGGAGCCAGGGCCUGCUUCCCACACCAUCUUCAUCGGAGGGCUAGGAAAGGAGUGGAGCGAGACCCAUCCCGCCACAGGCCGGUCCGUCCAUCCCUUCCUGGGCUGCCUGCGGGACGUGCAACUGGACUCCACCCUGGUGUUGCCUGGUGACUGGCCCAGUGUUUCGGCGGUCAAUCUCACCCCUGGCUGCAGAUGGGACAGGUGCAAGGGUGCCCCAUGCCAGAACAGGGGACACUGUAUCAGCCGGUGGCCAGGGUACCAAUGCGAGUGCUACAGACCUUACAAAGGGCCCAACUGCUCCCAAGAGUACAUCACGGCCAGGUUCGGGAGCGAGGACUUGGAGAGCUACGCCGUGUUUCGGGUGGGUGAGGACCCUGGAGAGACAAUGGAGCUGUCCCUGCUUGUCCGCACCAGGAAGCGGAGCGCCCUGCUACUGGUACUGGGCAAUGUGAAGGGCAGCUACCUCCACAUGGGGCUGGAGGAGGGAAGGGUGAUGGUGUGGGUGAGUGGUUCCAGCCUCCGGGGGGAGGGCACAGUCGAUGAUGGCCGCUUCCACCUCCUGGGCGUGAGGAUUGAGGGGGGCCAGCUGGCCCUCACCAGGUCAUCCCGGCUGCAGGUCACCGCCCCCGCGCCUGGGAUCCAAGUCCAUCCUGGCGACCUGGUCCAUGUGGGUGGGCUGCCGGACGCUCGUGCCACCGCCUCUCUGGGCGGCUACUUCAAGGGCUGCAUCCAGGACCUGCGGCUGGGCUCCCACACUCUGCAGUUUUACCCUGACGGCAUGCCCUCAAGCCCCAACGCCCUGGAGAGCAUGGUGAACAUUGCGCCCGGCUGCACCGCCGAUGAUUCCUGCAGGGGAAACCCCUGCCUGAAUGGUGGGAUGUGCUACUCCAUGUGGGAUGAUUUCACCUGCACCUGCCCCCCCAGCACAGCAGGGUGGCGCUGUGAGGAGGUGAUGUGGUGUGAGAUGUCACCCUGCCCACCCACAGCAGUCUGCCAGCCCCUCGCCCAGGGUUUCGAGUGUGUUUCCAGUGCGACUUUCCUGGAUGACAGCAGCAUGGUGAUUUUCAGAGGCAGUGGGACGAUCUUGCGUAACCUCACCAACAUCACCUUCCGUAUACGUACGAGGAGGCAUGAUGCGGCGGUCCUGCGCGCCCGAAAAGGGCCCAAGUCCCUGUCCGUGUCCAUCCAAGACUCGCACCUGACCCUGGAGCUGCAUAGUGGGAAGCACUUCCUUGGCCUGAGCGUUCAGAGCCCUGUCUCCGUGAGCGACGGGGAGUGGCACUCAGUGACACUCUCCAUGGUGGCCCCAGGGGCCGGGGUGUCCAGGUGGACCAUCACCAUGGACAACCAGGAGGACCCAUCCAUCUCCAAGGUGUCCACAGGGAACCUGGACUUCCUCAGGGCAGGGGUGGAGCUUCUAGUGGGGGGGUCGGGCUUCACGGGGUGCUUGAGCACGGUGGAGAUUGGUGGGAUCAUGCUGCCCUACUUGGCCGACACCGAGUUGAGUGUCCCACGGCCGCACAUGGAACGCUUCAUCAAGAUGUCCGCCACCUCUGUCCUCUCCGGCUGCUCUGGGCCGUCUGUUUGUGCCCCUGACCCUUGCCAGAAUAGCGGCAUCUGCGAAGACCUCUUCGACCGCUUCUGCUGCACCUGCUCAGCCGGGUGGACGGGGCCUCGCUGUGAGAUCACUGCUGAUGCCUGCACCUCUGGGCCCUGCGUCCACGGCAACUGCAGCACCCAGGGGCCAGACUACAAGUGCGCCUGCGAGCCAGGUUACGUUGGCACCAAUUGCGAGGCCGAGGCGGACUCGUGUGAGGGUCACCAGUGUGCACCGGGAUCCACCUGCCUGAGGGGCUACCAGAGAUACUCCUGCCUGUGCCCCCCGAACAGGACUGGGGCCUUUUGCGAUGAGGACGUUGAACAGAUUGCUUGGUACAUAGAGAAUUAUCCACGGCCCAAACUGCCGGUGAGCGUGUGUGGGGGCGAACGGUGGAACUACACCUGCUAUAACGGAGGCAACUGCACUGAGGCAGAGGACGGCUCACAGUGGGCCUGCCAGUGCAGGCCAGGCUUCGCUGGCCAGUGGUGCGAGACGGACAUAGACGACUGUGCGUCGGGACCAUGCUACAAUGGGGGACACUGCAUCGACAUGGUGGACCAAUUCCACUGCAUGUGCGACCUAAGCUACACUGGGGAGCAGUGCGAGCUUAACCUGAAUGCGAGCAGCCUCACGUCUGACCUCCUGCUGUCCGUAAGCCUGAUGGCCGUGGCCUUCCUCCUUGCCCUCUCUCUGGCCGCCGCCACCCUCACCGUGGUCACGAAGCGCAGGGCCACCCACGGCACCUACAGCCCCAGCCGGCUGGAGAAGGAGGGGUCCAGGGUGGAGAUGUGGAGCAUGGCACAGACCCCCCCCACGGAGAGACUCAUAUAACCCCUAAACACCUCCAUGAGCCUCCACAAACCAGGUAGACUGCACUCUCACUUGCACCGAGGUGAGUUCACUUUUCCGUUACAUUUUUUCACAUUUUUACAUUUUUUAGCAGCCUAUUACUUUUUUGGAGGAGUCCCUGCCCCUCCAACACACCUUUUUCCCGCAACCUAUGUCUGCGCUGCAGGGCUCUCCCUGUAGCUGAGGUCAGUGCCUUUCCUGGCCGAGCCACUCCAGAC